CCCAGGCACGGGGCUGACCAAUGAGGCGCUGCUGUUCCACGAGAAGUGCGGGGCCCUCAUCAAGCUCAGCAAUGGGCACAAAACGGCCGAGCGCAGGCGGCCCCUGGAUGAGUUCAACAACGGCGUGGUGCUCACCAACAGGCCCCUCAGGGAUGGGGAGAUGUUCGAGAUCCGCAUUGACAAACUGGUGGACAAGUGGUCGGGGUCCAUCGAGAUUGGGGUCACCGCCCACAACCCCAACAGCCUUGAGUACCCGGCCACCAUGACCAACCUGCGCUCGGGGACCAUCAUGAUGAGCGGCUGCGGGAUCCUCACCAACGGCAAAGGGACACGCCGGGAAUACUGCGAGUUCAGCCUGGAUGAGCUGCAGGAGGGGGAUCACAUUGGGCUGACCAGGAAGGCCAACAACGCUCUGCACUUCUAUAUUAAUGGCGUCGACCAAGGAGUGGCCACGACGCUGACCCCGCAGGUGGUGUACGGGGUGGUGGACCUGUACGGGAUGGCCGUCAAGGUGACCAUCGUGCACAACCACAACCACAGCGACCGCCUGCGCCGCAACAACGCCAUCCUGCGCGCCCUGUCCCCUGAGGGGACGCCCCGCCGGCCCCCCGGUGCCACCCACCCCUCCCCUGCGCCCCCUGUGCACCCCCCGGCCCCACGCCUGCUCUUCCACCCCAACUGCGGCCAGAAGGCGGCCGUGGUCAACGAGGGCCGGACGGCAUUGCGGCCGCAUGCCACCGAUGACUUCAACCACGGGGUCGUGCUGAGCGCUCGGGCCCUGAGGGACAAUGAGCUGUUCCAGGUGCGCAUUGACAAGAUGGUGGACAAGUGGGCGGGGUCCAUCGAGAUCGGGGUGACCACCCACAACCCGGCCUACCUGCAGCUGCCCUCCACCAUGACCAACCUGCGCUCAGGCACGUGGAUGAUGACGGGGAACGGGGUGAUGCACAACGGCACCACCGUCCUGGAUGAGUAUGGACACAACCUGGACCGACUCAAGGCAGGGGACACGGUGGGCGUGGUGCGCAGGGAUGACGGGACCCUGCACUUCUUCGUCAACGGGGCCCCCCAAGGCCCCGCGGCCUGGAACGUCCCCCCCAACGUCUACGCUGUGGUCGACCUGUACGGGCAGGCGGCUCAGGCCACCAUCGUGGACGAGGGAGAGGUGCCGCCGCUGUCAGGGGAGGGCUCGGACGGUGACAGCCCAGGGGAGUCCCCUGAGGGCUCCUCCCCGGGGGGGUCCCCGAGCGAUCUCCGAUUCCAUCGCCUGCACGGCGCCAAUGCCGUCAUCACCAACGGCGGCAGGACUGCCCUGAGGCAGAACUGCCGCUCCGAGUUCAACGAUGCCAUCGUCAUCUCCAACAGGGCCCUCAGGGACGGGGAGCUGUUUGAGAUCGUCAUCCAGAAGAUGGUGGAUCGCUGGUCGGGGUCCAUCGAGGCUGGUGUCACCGCCAUCCGCCCCGAGGACCUGGAGUUCCCCAACACCAUGACAGACAUCGACUAUGACACCUGGAUGCUCAGUGGCACUGCCAUCAUGCAGGACGGGAACACGAUGCGCAACAACUACGGCUGCGACCUGGACGCGCUGGGAACGGGCGCCCGGAUCGGGAUGAUGCGCACGGGGACGGGGGACCUGCGGUACUUCAUUGACGGGGCCGACCAGGGCGUGGCCUGCUCGGGGCUGCCACCAGAGGUGUAUGCUGUGGUGGAUCUCUAUGGUCAGUGUGUCCAGGUGUCCCUCACUGGGGCCACCGGCCCGACCGACAACAGCCUGGCCCCCGGAGCCCCCCCGGAGAAGGCCUGUCCGCCCCCCUCUCCAGCCCCCGGGCCGUGCCAGCGCUUCCACGGGCGCUGCGGGCAGAACGUGGCUCUGGGGGCUGAGGGCCUGGGGGCCGCGCGCGUGGCCGGCUACUGCCACGGACUCGUCUUCUCCCGCUCCCACCUGCGCCCCGGAGAGCUCUUUGAGGUGCGGAUCGAGGCGCUGGACGAGCGCUGGGCGGGCUCGGUGCGCCUGGGGCUGACGGCACUACCCCCCGGGCAGGGUCCCCCUGGCCCCCCCGCCCUGCCCCCGACGCUGCUCGACCUUCCCGCGCCUCCCACAUGGGUGGUCUCAGGGGCUGAGGUGCGGAGGAAUGGGACCCCCACCCGCCACAACUACGGCGUCUCCCUCGACAGGCUGGCGGUUGGGAACCGCCUGGGGAUCCGGCGUGGGGCCGACGACUCGAUGCACCUUGUAGUGGAUGGGCAGGACAUGGGACCCGCAGCCACGGGUGUGGCCAAGAACGCCUUCGUGGCCCUGGACCUGUACGGCCGUGUCACCGCCGUGUCCAUCGUUAGUGGGGGGGGUGGGGCCGAGCCGGGCCCCUCCCACAGCCCCUCUCCCACGCACAGCCCCUCCCCCACCUGCGCCACCAAUGCCCUCCCCCCCCCUCCCGGCGGGGACGGGGCAGGAGGGGACUGGGGCCCCCCCACGUUCCUGGGGUGCCACGGGAAGAACAUCCUGCUGUCCAAUGGCAACCGAACGGCCUCCAGGGUCUCCAGCUACAACCAGGGGCUGGUGGUCGUGGGGCAGCCCCUCCCUCCCGGCCGCCUCUUCCAGGUGCAGAUCGACGCCCUGAACCCGCAGUGGAGCUCCUCGCUGGCUCUGGGGGUCACGGGGGCCCCCCCGGGGCGCUCCCCCCUCCCUGCCUGUGCCCACGGCCUCAAACGCCCCGCCUGGAUUCUGCAGAGGAGGGGGGUCUUCCACAAUGCCAGGAAGAUCCGGGAGCACUCGGGGCCCAACCUGGAGGCCCUCCCUGCUGGGACCCGCCUGGGGCUGUUGGUGGAUUUGGGGGGGCGGCUCCACCUCUACGUCAACGGCCGCGACCAGGGGGUGGUGGCUGGGGGGGUCCCCACCCCCUGUUACGUCCUACUCGACCUCUACGGGCAGUGCCAGCAGGUGACGAUUGUGUCAGAGGGGGGGGACGGGGGAGGGCCCAGCGGGGACCCCCGGACUCGGGGAGACAUGGAGAAGGCGGAUGUGGUGGAUGGGGUGAAGGAGAGCCUGUGCUGGGCUCCCCCCGCACCCCCACAGCCCUGCCCCUACCAGGCUCUCUGUGCCCGAUUCAAGGACCUGCUGCUGCUGCCCGAUGAGUAUUUUGCCCCCGAGCCCCGGCGCAGCCGCUGCUUCUGCGAGGGCUGUGAGCGGGGUGGGGGCGGGGGGGGUGACCCCCGCGACCCCCGAGAGCCCCCCCUGCCCUUGGGUUGGUGCCGCUUCAGCCUCCGGCCAAAGCCGCGGCUGGAGGCAGGAGGGUGGCAGAAGUGGCCUCGGGCGUAUCACGGCACCAGCGCGGGGGUCGUUCGGCGCAGCCUCGACCGGGGGGAGCUCGUACCAGGUCCCUGGUCCCUCCUCAGUGCCCCCCCCAAGGCAGAGCCUCCCAGCCCCGCCCACCCGCGCUCAGGCUCCGCCCCCGGUGCUGGGCCCCGCCCCCCGGGCCCUGCUCCCCUUGUGUUGUCACCAGCCCUGGGCUACGCCGCCCUGGAGCCCUUCGCCAAGAGGGUCCAGUUCCGGGAGCCAGGCUGGCCUCGUGCCCGGGGGGCUCAGGUGGCCUUCGAGGUUUGGGUCCGUCCAGGGUCAUUCCGGGCUGGCCCCCCUUCCCUGCGCCCCCCCCCGUCCCUGGAUCCCCCUGAGGGGCUGGACCCCACCCAGCUCGAGUGGGUCACCAAGGAGCCUGGGGCCACCGUUCUGGCUGGGCUGCUUGUCCGCGUCGACUGAGGGCUGGGGGGGGCUCCCC